AGUAAAGCCCUCUAUUGGAAAAAUAAUGGGAUUACUUUUUACUAGACCUAAUAUAAUAAUAUGAAUAAAAUCAAGAAGAAUGGGUGUCCUUGGGAACAUUUUGAUAGAAAAAUUGCUGCAAAGUUGUCCCGACGUCUCUAAGAUAUAUCUAAUGGUGUGUUCGAAAAAAAAAACGAGAGCGCCGCGACUCGGCUGGACGAGAUAUUUUAUAGUCCCCUAUUCGAGUGAAGGAAGAGAACUUUCAUGCAAAAUCGUGCCAGUGGUCGGCGAAUUAUACGAAAUAGACUUGGGAUUCACGAAAGGUGACACGGAUUUAUUAACGCACGAGAUAUCAUUAAUAUUCCAUUUCGCGGCGAGUAUACGCUUUAAUAACGACAUCAAAUCAGCUACAACACUGAAUGUAGUCGGCAGGCGUGCUGUGUUGGACUUGGCCAAACGUAUGCCAAACUUGAAUAUGUAGAAGUAAGAAACCGGAAUUUCCCCCGAACAACUUGAUGUGCAAUUCGGGGUCUCUUAAGUGAACUAUUUCUCUCGGUAUUCCGGGAUCCCAUAAAUCCAGUACACCAUGAUCAACGAACACGUGUUCUACAUAUUAUUCACCGCAGUUGAUUCACCUAAGUCGUAAGUCUCUAUUUCAUAUUUAAACAUGACUUUUAAUAAUUUCAAUCCAAUCUCAAAUCCCACUUCACUCCA